AUGAACAGAUUGUUGAACUUAGAACAUUUUGGUGAUCACAAUGAUACUGUCUGGAUAGGGCUGUAUAAUGAUGUUAACAGCUGGAGGUGGUCUCUGGAAGAUUGGGCCUAUUAUGGUGACGGAGAGGCUGAGUUUAGGCAUUGGAAGAGUAGCCAACCUGAUAACAGCAACGGCACGGAACACUGUGCGGUCGUGCUAGAUAGGAAGUGGCAAGAUGAGGAAGUUCCUUCAUCUGCUGCAUCGGAGAGAAAUAUGUUUCUCAUUUCUGUAUUUCCACCUCUAGAACCCAUAAGAAUACUAAUCCAACUAAUAUAUUAUUAUGAUCAUCACUCAAACAGUACCGGUAUAGCCUCAUUGUUGUCAAGUCGGGUCUAUUUCAACGAUUAUUGGCCACCGUAUUAAUGCUCCCUAAAGCUGAUGUCGGUGUUAACUUUUAGGUUGCUUGCAAAUUUUACCCUCUGGUGGGUAUCAUCAUCAGUAAUAAAUAAAACCUGCACUUUGAGCAGACCAAGGGCAUAUUUAUCUUUUUGACAAUCAUUCCGUAACACCAAAAUAAAGUAUUUCCUCGUUUAACAUGGCAAAUCUACUGUGGCAAUUUAACUUAAUUUAAUUAUCAUUAUUUUACUUAUUUUUUACGUUUUACGAAUGGAAAAAUCACAUUGAUGUACACUUAUAAAUGUUUCAUUAAUCACAUAUUUGAAGGUGAGACAACAAACAGGUCGAGAUUUAUCUUUGUGAAUAAAUCAAUAAAAACCUUCAGUGAAGCUCAGAGCUACUGCAGAGAGCACCACACAGACCUGGCCAGUACCUCUCCUGUAGCCCUUAUUUAUACAUUCAUAAAGCCUUGAUAACAGCUACAUAAGACAUUAUAACAUCAGUCAUAGCCAGUCCUAAAUAUUUAAAGUAACAGUAGCCACCACUAACAAAUUCAUUUUAUAUUUUCUAUGGUAUUUUAAGGUAAGAAUAACAGCCAUGUUUUCAUUGAGAGUAAGAAGAACUGGUCUGAAGCUCAGAGUUACUGCAGAGAGUCCCACACAGACCUGGCCAGUAUGAGGAACCAGACUGAGAACCAGGAGAUACAGAAGAUGGUGUCUAAGGGUAGUACAGUGUGGAUCGGCUUGUGGAAGUGGUCGGACGGGAGUGCCUCCUCCUUCAGAUACUGGAAGGAAGGAGAACCAAAAAACAGCGACAGUCAACCACAAUGUGGAGCAGCAAUGUUCAAGGAAGUAGACAUGUGGACGGAUAGAUGGCUGGAUUGGAACUGUAAUGACACACAUCCCUUUGUUUGCUACAGUGGUGAAUUACUGUAAAAACUAUUCUUGUAAAUUGGCAAACAACUGGAUUGCUUUUGUAAAGAAAAAUACAUUAUGUUCUUCCAUUUGUUGUCUUUGAAUGUUUGGGUCUAUGCAAAAUGUCUGUUUAACUCUCCCUUAAAGGGGAACAGAAACACUUUAGGAAGUAAAUCAAAGCAAAGAUAUGUAUUCAAUCCACUAAUACUAAACAUGUGCAUCUAUGAAGAGGACAUAGGUACCUUUAGAAUAAUAAUAAAACCAUUAUUACUAACAGGCCCAUGGAUGCAGUAUUGAAAUCCUGGCUCCUGACAGGCAUCCAAGUGUGAGGGUGCACUUGAGGGACUCACAUGCUGAUAUCUGGCAUGAGUAUGACCUGUGGCACAUUGCCAAAGGUGUGAGGAAACAGCUGGUGGCCAUCGGGAAGCCAGAGGUACUGUCAUAUAUUUUAUAGUAAAAUCAGAACUAUGAUUUGUGUAACUUAUAUCUGGCUCUAGGACCAUCCCAGCGGACUCUCCUGAGUGCCCAAAGAGAGAGAGUGGCCGUCACUUUGGGGGAGCGGGCUGGUGUUCCGAAAAUGGAGAAGGAGCAGGCCAUUCAACAGCGAACUCAAAGAUACACACAUCCAUAAAGAGAAUCGGAGUGGAAUUGUUUUUCGUCUGAUUUAUUUACACGUUUCAACGGGCGUGCUACCUUGUCCCGGACCUGCUGUUUCGACUCUCUCUCUCCCGGACCUGCUGUCUCGACCUAUGAAUGCUCAGCUAUGAAAAACCAACUGACAUUUGCUCCUGAGGUGUUGAACUGUUGCAACCUUUAUAACCACUGUGGUUAUUAUAUUUAUGUAAAAAGGGCUUUGUAAAAUACAUUUGAUUGAUUGAUUGAUUGCUGUGCUGCGUGCUGUGUAUUCACUAACUGUCUGAGUGAUGGGACAUCUUUAUAGUAUCUGUAACAUAUUUUGGUGUGUAUUUAAUCUGCAACUUAACUUAAAGUGGCAAUCAGCAGUAGAAACAAUAACAAAGUAUACUCCCUGCUCCUCUUUCGGUAAAAAGCUGAGGGAUGGGGCUGGAGAAAUGUAACCACUCUCAAAUUCAUAGAGCUAUAGAUGCAAGGACUGAUCAUCCAUGAUAUCAAAAUUAUAGUUUCAACCAUGUUUUGAGGCUGUAUUGUGUUUGCUGACAUUUUCUUUGUUUAUAAACGUUGGAGUAAAACAAGCCUAUAUUUGGGGUUCUGAUGGAGUACGACAGUUGAACUAAGCUCAUGAGGCAUUUAUAAAUUAGAUUAUUCAAGAAUCAUGGUUACAUAUCAUUAAUUUAUAAGUGCAAAAAUGGCGGUAGCAACUGCAGAUUGCCCCUUUAAGGUAUGCUACUGUUUGUCGAUUGAUCUUGUACAUGAAGCAAAGACUUGCAAUCACAAGCCUUUCAUGUGAAUCCUCUUCUUGUUUCAUUGGAACUUGUAAAAACACCUUAAUAACCCUGUAAUCGACUAUGUAUUUUUGUACUCCUGAUUCUAUGAUCUGUUUCCACUACCAUGUAGCCAUGUUGCUUUGGAUAAAGGCAUCUGCUAAAUGGCAUAUAUUAUUAAAGUCUCCUUUAACUCUGCCAACAAAAUUUACCUGCCUAGUGUAGUUACCAUUUCUUUCCAAUAGAUGGCAGCCAAAGCUAGUUGAAGUCACUACUCUAGCAACACGGAUACGGGGUUAGGGCGCAUUGAAAGUAGUUUUAUCUUCCAAAGCAAGUUUAUAUGGUUACGCUUGAACCUUUUGGACAAGCUAACUAAUACUAUUUUUACAUAAGGCGCAGGCAUUAGGCCUAUGUAAAAAAAUUACAGCAGGCUAGAAAUGGUUUUAUUCAAACUCAAAGCCUACGUAAAUGCCACUUGCUUCUGGGUAUGCGCGCCUUAUGGAAGAGACGAGACACGCAUGGAUGACACGCCAUACACCUCGUCCAAUUCUCCCUUGAGCCCAUAGAGUGAACUGGCGAUAAACUGCCAGCCUGUAUACUCUGCAAACAAAAUCAUAAGCAAAAUGUGUCUGAUACCGAAACUAAAUCACAAUGUAUGUAUAAUGAGCACGCCCCAUUAUUGGUUAGAAUGACAUUUCAUGAAUCAUGAUGCUGUCUCCGAUUCCAACCCUGGUCGUCUAAUCAAAAGGUGAAUGCGUUACCAUGGCGCCAAACAACGCUUGUGAUAAACAUAAUUAUAGGUUAAUGAUUAUAUAUAUUGAGCACCUAUCCACUACUGAUGUUAGCUUUAAACAAUUUAUAAUCAAGCUAAAUUUCUGCAAUUAUUUAACUGGCAUACUGGCUGCUGACUGGUCGAGUAACCUCUUCUGCCAGGAACUCCUUCAUAAGGAUUAGUGACGCGUCCAAUACAUCGCCAUCCAGACAGACUGUCAGGAACCUCUGACUGGUGUAAUACAGCCACCAUCCACUGGGAUUUUGUGCUGUACCGCCACAAUCUCUCUACAACACACACACUCAUACUGUGUCACCGCUACGCCGACCUCUAGAUGAGGUGUUUCAAGCGGCAGAUCUGUGUUGUUACUGCUACGAGAACGAACUCUUUGAUCUGGGGCAACGAUCGGCUCAAACAUGAACGACUUCAGUAGGUUUAUUGGCUCCCAAACUAACGUUAUUUCAUCCUCUGUUAUAAACUCAUUCUCAGACUCGGAGCUACUCUUGGUAAAUUCAGCCAUUUUUGGGAGUUCCAAAAUGUUCUCUCCUGCCAGUGACGCAACAAUGCCAAUAUGCCGGUUUACAGUUACAGUUAGCUGCCGUUCUAAAUCCUAGUGUUUCCAUUCCCUUUUAACUUUACUUUGUAACAUACACUGCGAUCAAGUGAAGAAGACACAGCAGGUGGUGAGAGUGACGCUCUGUCUCUGUAUCAGUUAGCCCCAGUGAAGAAGACACAGCAGGUGGUGAGAGUGACGCCCUGUCUCUGUAUCAGUUAGCCCCAGUGAAGAAGACACAGCAGGUGGUGAGAGUGACGCCCUGUCUCUGUAUCAGUUAGCCCCAGUGAAGAAGACACAGCAGGUGGUGAGAGUGACGCCCUGUCUCUGUAUCAGUUAGCCCCAGUGAAGACGACACAGCAGGUGGUGAGAGUGAGGCUGACCCCAAAGGACCAGAACAUGGACCUGACUGAUCCUGCCAUACAGGAGGCCAUCUUGCAGCAGGUGAGUCUCACCUUCUUCAUGAAAAAGCUAUUUCGUCAAUUAUAACAAGAAGAGGUACAUUUCUAUCUUAUUAGAAAUUAUUUUAAAAGAUGAGGCCAAUCAAGAAAUUGUGUGACUGAGUUACCCUUUCGGGGCUAUAGACAAAUCUACAGUAUAACAAGGAUAUGAAGCAUGAUGGUACAUGAAGCAUUAUGUUACGUUACAUUACAUUAUAGCAUAGCAUAUUAUACUAUAUUAAGAGUCUCUCUAUUCCUCAGAUAAAGGAGCUGAGGGAGAAGGAAAUGUCUGCUGUCAAACUGAGAUGGAAGGAGCAGCCCGAUGGAAAGAUAUUCAACAAGGAAGAAAAGAGGGAGUCCCAGAAGAAGAAGAAAAAGAAGAAGAAGAAGAAGAAGAAGAAGAAACCAGUUAUGACAAAGAGAGAACUCUAA